AUGUCCUUACCAACACUGCAAGACGUCCUCACGACUUUAGUCUCACUACUCAAGACAGCCACACCACUUCUCAGAAGAGUUACAUCACUACUCCUAAAAGCAACUACAUCGCUUCUUUUUGUCAUCGUUGUUGUCAUCCUCGCCAUCGCAGUAUACCGACUCUAUCUCCAUCCCCUCGCCAGCGUUCCCGGGCCUCGUUUAGCUGCCCUUUCCAAUAUCUGGCACGCUUAUCAUGCUCGCAACGGUCGCAUGUACCUGUUGGGCAAAAGUCUACAUAAGCGCUAUGGACCCGUGGUGAGAGUUGGUCCUAAUGAACUUUGGUUUGAUAGUAAGGAGGCGUUUAAGACUAUUUAUAGUAGGUUCCUUCUCCCUUUCAUCUCAACCCUCCUCACCAAACCCACCCUUUCCCUCAAAUUUUCCCCCUUCAAGUUCCCCUUUCCCAGUCUCCAAUUACAGCAGCACCACCCCGACACCCUCGACCUCCUCUCCGAGCGCCACCUCCCCCGCUACCGCCUCCAACGCCGUCUCAUCGGCCCGCUCUACCAACUCUCCUCCCUCAAGAAAUUCGAACCCCAAAUCGACGCCGUCUUAGAUCGCGCCAUCGCCCAACUGCGCACCCUCCAAGGCCAAGAAGUCGAUCUCAAAGAAUGGAUGCACAUCAUCGCCGUCGAGUGUCUCGGCGCCGUAGUCCUCAGUUGGUCACCAGGGUACAUCCGCGACAAGUCCGACGGCGGGACAAGUACCCAGGGAUAUUUGGGAUGGAAGCGCAAGUCGGUAUUUGGCCUGUUUCCGGGAAUUACGAUCCUUUCGCUUAUGGAGGGGGGUCCUUUCGGAAUGGGCGCAAAGGUGGGAAAAGGAGUGGCUAGGUGGUGGUCUAAUACUUGGGGUGUCACGUUCGCUACACCGAAAGGGUUCAAGCCGUUCUUCACGGCUGUUUAUCAGAAGGUGUCGAGACGGGUGUCGAUGGCUGCGCUGCUGUGGAUGAGUGAAGAUGUGAAGGUGGGUAAGAAGGAGGAAGAUAAAGGGAAACAGGAUUUGCUGGAAGAUCUGAUAAGACUGCAUCAAUCCAAGCCGGAGCAGUUCACCGAGACGUACCUGCGCAGAAUGGCAAUGACCAACUUUGGCGCGGGACACGAGACGCUUUGUUCGGCUUUGACGGCUUGUAUGGCUAUGAUUGGGACACACGCGGCCGUUCAAGCAAGAGUCGCUGAGGAAGUUGGUUCCCAUCUUCGGGGUGGUGGGACGGUGCCGUUUGAUACCACGGCUAGACAGUUGCCUUAUACUCUAGCGGCCAUCAAAGAGGCGCAGAGAUUACAUCCUGUCAUCGCCAUGAGUCUUUCGAGGACUGUUCCGCGGGGGCAGGGUGGAGGGGUAAUGCUGCAUGGACACUGGGUCCCCGAGGGGACGACGGUGGGGUGUAAUCCUGUGGCGCUGCAUCGGAACCCGGACAUUUUUGGGGAGGAUGCGGACGUGUAUAAUCCGAGUCGGUGGUUGUCGUCGGCGGCUUCAAAAAGACUCCGCGAAAUUCUCCACCUAAACCUCACCUACGGCGGCGGCGCACGCACCUGUCCCGGCCGCCAUCUAGCCGAGCUAAUAGUCUGGAAAGUAAUACCGCGAUUAGUAGCGGAGUUUCGGGUCGAAGUCACACACAUGCCAGACGAAGAAAACAUGGAGAGGUAUUUUAUGAGUAUGUUGACGGGGGUGAAGGUGAGGGUUUUGGAGAGGGAUGGGGAUUACCUGGGGAGUAGUGCAGAUGGAUAAAUCGAGAGGGUCAUGUAUCGAUAUAGAGGAGUACUGGAGGAGGAGAUAUGAGGGGAAUGGAGCGUACUCUACUCU